AUGUACCGAUAUAAUGGGUUGGCUGUAAUACUUUUCAGUAUGGUAUAUAAUCGAUCUGGUGAGGCAUAUAAAGAUCUAUCAUUUAAAGGUUGCUUGACAUUGGCUGCCCAAAUAUUGAUCAAAAAGUCGAAUUAUUUUACUCUAAAAAAAAACAUUAAUAUUGACAUUUGGGCUAUUCUCGCUGGAAAAUGUGUGGCUCAAAAUUCAAUUUCAUUACAAGAUUCGAGUACCCAUCGAAAUACCAGUAUGACAGCAAAAAUACAUCGAAAAGAGAGUCAGAGAUAUAGAUUGGUGCGUCUAUCUGAUAUUCUUAAAAUAAAUGACAGUGUAAUUGGUGUUAAUGAACUUUUAUAUUUCGAUUAA